GGCUCAGCAGCAGAUGUCAGAGCGGGUGAUGAUGGAUCGGGUUGAUCAUGGCUCUGUCGAGAGGUUUGAGAUGGUGUCAGAGGAUUUUCUCCUGGAUUCCCGUUAUCAUUAUUUCAUCUGUGGUGCUUUGGUCUUAUUACGCUUAUGUUUUUGAACUUUGCUUCGUGACUCUCACAAAUCAUCUGGAGAGAGUGGCCUAUCUAUUGAUAUUCCAUGUUUGCUUUAUAAUGUUCUGUUGGACAUAUUGGAAGGCCAUCUUCACCCCACCCUCUACGCCAUCUAAAAAGUUCCAGUUAUCAUACACUGAUAAAGAGCGAUAUGAGCUGGAGGAGAGGCCGGAUGUACAGAAGCAAAUCCUCGCUGACAUUGCCAAGAAACUCCCCAUCUUCACACGCGCUCAAUCAGGAGCUAUCAGGUUCUGUGAUCGUUGUCAAGUGAUAAAGCCGGACCGAUGUCAUCACUGCUCCGUCUGUGAAACAUGUGUUUUGAAAAUGGAUCACCAUUGUCCAUGGGUGAACAACUGUGUCGGCUUCUCCAACUACAAGUUCUUUCUGCUGUUUCUGUCUUACUCCAUGCUGUACUGUGUGUUUAUUGCAUCAACAGUGUUUCAAUACUUCCUCAAGUUCUGGGUGGGAGAUCUUCCCAAUGGUCCUGCCAAAUUCCAUGUGCUCUUUCUGUUGUUUGUGGCUCUCAUGUUUUUCGUUAGUCUCAUGUUCCUCUUUGGCUACCACUGCUGGUUGGUGGCUAAAAACAGAUCAACGUUAGAGGCGUUUUCUGCACCAGUGUUUCAGAACGGUCCUGACAGGAAUGGCUUUAAUGUUGGGCUCAGCAGAAACCUCCAGCAGGUUUUUGGGGAAAAUAAAAAGCUUUGGUUUGUUCCAGUGUUCACAAGUGAAGGGGAUGGGCACUAUUUCCCCCUGCGGACCAUGCGUGAGUCUGAGAAUCCUUUAUUGGCCAAUGAGGAGAAAUGGAUGGAGGACGGAGGAUCUGAUGAAGAAAGUGCAGAUGAAAAUGGCCCUUCACUCACCAUCAGGACUGAAUCAUAAUUAUUGGAGUGUAUGUCUACUAGUUGCAACCAUCAACUCACAUCAAGAGUAGUUUAAGAAAAGCACCCAUGCUUGAAUGAGACAACAACAUUCCAAAUCCUAGAUCAUUCCAGGAAAGCAUGUUUUAGAGAGCCAAAUAUAUCGGGAACAGUGAUUUUUCUUUUGACGCUGAUUACUUAGAACUUGUUGUACUGUAUGUUAUGAAACAUAUGACUAAUCUUUUCUGAAAAAGAACACCACAGGACAAAAACUGACAUUAUUAAAUGUUGUAAACCUGUUGGAUUGUUUAUUACAAAUAUACCGAGAUGUAUGUAUAUUGAGAAUAGACACACAGUAACUGACGUAUCUCUAUCGUAAAAUAGGAUAGACCAACUUGAAGUGUCUGAGGUAUUUCUAGGAAGUUUUUGAUUGCUAUUUGCUGUUUUUUAUGGGGUGAAAUUCAUGAAACCUAUUACAAACAUGUCCAGGUCAUAUUACACCCCAACAUCAAAAUAAAUAAAUGAGAAAUAAUAAAAAAUUGUGCGUAAGAAAAUAAAUCAUAUUUAGGACCAUUUACAUGCAUUGUGACAUUAUUGUCAAGACAAUUCAUCAUAUUUUCCCAACAGUCCUUAUUACUGUAAUGCAAAAAACAAAACAAACAAAUCUCAUUCUCAUUUCUGCAAUGCAAUUUGUUUUUAAUUAAUAAAGUAUUUAAAUAUCUUUGUACUUAUAGCUUUAUUUUUUAUUGAUGCUAAUAUAAACAUUGUAUUACAGUAAUUAGAAUCACCAUUAAGAAUAAUAAUAAUAUUUAAUUUAUUAGUAAUAAUAAUAUAUGAGCUCAAAAGUAAAUCGUCUGGAUGCAUUAUGGUAACGAGAAUUUUUUGGGGGGAAAUUGUCAUGAAAAACAUUUUCACAAUGCAAAACAACCAUAAUGGUUCAAAAAUAGUACAAUUUCAUUAUGCAAAAUAUAAUUUCUCAUUUUUUUUUUCUUUUCAUAUUAGGGUAAAAUGUGACUUGGAUAUGCUUUCAUAAGAUUCAGUUGGAAAGAAAUUAAUCCUAUGCAUUAAUCGACUUUAUACAAUUAAAUCACUGACUUUGCCUGGUACAUUUAUUUUAUUUUUUAUUCUUAAUGACUAAUUCAGACUGUGACUGUUUUCUUAUGUUAAUAGAGAGCAGUUUGGAUUCAUCUUAUUUUUUUUCUUUUGCACUGUGAUGCAAUAUAAACAUAUUUUCAUACCUUUCUCUGUAUAUAACUAGGAAGGGACUUCUGAGAUCAGUAUUGAUUAUGACGUAGUUAUCUCCUUCCAUGUAAAACACAAUACAAGUUAUAUAAUGUACUACAUGGACAUAUAAAACCCAUAAGGCUGUUUUCAGAUAGACUGUGUAACUGUCUUGUGAGGUGCUACCACAAACAAUAACCUUGUUGUCCUCUAGUACAACAGAAAUAGUUAUGAAAUAGCAGUAUCUUAUUAUGUUCUAAGUGGGUGAGUGAUCCUUAUGAAUUUUGUCCAAGUUAUCCUGUUUGAAUGUUAUUGUAUGUAUUUUUAAGAGUCUGUAUGUGUCUUCUUCCAAUACUGUAAUUGUAAUGAAUUGAUUUGCCCUUCAUAUGGUUCUCGCUUAUGAGGAUCCUAAUUAGCCAAUGCUUACUGGGUGAUGCUUACUAAACCUGUCAAGAAAAUGACCUGCUCCUAUUUGACUACAAAUUCAAAAGAAACAAAGAAGAAAUUAUAUUUUGCAAAUAGAAAAUUAACCUUAUUUUUAGAUCAAUUAAGAUUUUUUGUUAACAUUGUGACAUUAUUUUCAUGACACAUUUUACACCCCAAUUAAAAAAUUACUGCAAUUAAAAAAGUUAUAUAUUAUUUAAAUUGUAAUGUACUUAUACACAUCGUAUUAUUCUUGAUUUUAAUUUUUGUACAAAUGAUUGUACAACAGCAUUAUUAUAUUGUUAUACAGGUAUUGAAAAACAUCUUUGCAACUAAGGGGAAUAAUAAAAGUAAAACAUCCUGACAUGUUGCGAUAAUGAAAAUUGGGGUGUAUAAUGUGCUUAAGAGUCCUGAAAAUAAUGUCACAAUGCAAAACAAUAUCAAAUGUAGACUUCAUUUUCUUAAUGUAAAAUAUAAUUUUAGAUUUUAUUGUAUUGAUUUGGGGUUAAAUAUGACCAUUACUUUUUCUUGAAUGGUUUCAUGAGAAUCGCUCUAUUGUUGAUUUGCACUGACCUUAUAAUCUGGGGGUGAUUAUUGCAUUAUUUUACUGUUUUCUUACACAUUUUUGAGACUUAUUUAACUCCAUAUUCACUAUAUGUUCUAAUUGUUAUAUGCUGAUGUUUUUCCAAUGGUUCAGAAUAUGUAUUGUUUAAAUGUUCUGUCGGAUCAUUAAAUAUCAAGUUUCUUUGCA